AUGUCUACGAGUCCCAACUCCAUCUCGUCGCUGGAGGAGAAGCCCCGCGUUGCCCACCACGACGACGACAAAGUGGCCACGCCGCUCACAGAGGCCACGGCGCCCGCGCUGCUCGAGAAAAAAAACUCGGCCUCGCUCUCGUUUGCAGACUCCGAAAAACACGCCCCAGACCUGGCUCCCGACAAUGUGCUAGCAGAGUAUUCCGAAGAACAAGUAAUGCAGAUGGGGCGCGCGUUUGCCCGCAAAUAUGAACUGCCCAACGACGACGAUGUGUUUGCACGUGCCGCGGCGCUGGCCAGACUGCCCAGCCGCUACGACCACAUGUCGUUUCUCACGGAGGAAGAGCGUCUGGCCUGCUACGACGAAGAGCACAAGCCCUUCCGCAACAUGCCUCGCAAGCUUAUAGCCAUUGUGUGCGCGUCGGCCAUGGGCGCGGCCGUCCAAGGUAUGGACGAAACCGUGAUCAACGGUGCGCUUCUUUUUUACCCAACGCCGUUGGCGCUGGGCGCCAAGACCGACCGCAACGACUGGCUUCAAGGUCUAGUCAACGGUGCGCCAUAUCUGUGUUGCGCCGGAGUCUCUUGCUGGAUGACUGAUUGGCUCAACAACCUCAUGGGACGUAAACGGGUCAUAUUUGUCACCUGCCUGAUAUCCGCUAUCGCGUGUUUACUACAAGCGUUUGCACCCACGGGAGAACGCGGCUGGCACUAUCUAUUCGCCAUGCGGUUUUUACUUGGAUUUGGUAUCGGUCCCAAAUCUGCCACCGUUUCCGUGUAUUUGGCCGAAUGUUCCACCAAAAAAUUGCGUGGUAUAAUCUGCAUGAACUGGCAAACCUUCACCGCUUUCGGCAUAAUGUGGGGGUACAUCUUCUCCCUCAUUUUCUACAAAGUUGGCAGCGGUGCUGUUUCCGGUGGUCUGAAUUGGCGUCUGAUGUUGGCCUCGGCCAUGAUACCGGCCAUUCUCGUUUUGGUCCAAAUCCCAUGGUGUCCCGAGUCCCCCCGUUGGCUCAUGGGUAAAGGUCGUUACAAAGAAGCCUAUGAAAGUACCGUUCAAAUCAGACCUCAUCGCAUCCUUGCAUGCCGCGAUCUUUUCUACCAACACGUUUUACUGUUGGAGGAAGAAUCUUUAGAGAAACCUUAUUUCCAGAGACUGCGUGAGGUUUUCUCCGUCAGGCGUAAUCGUAACGCCUUUAUUGUCGCCUUUGUCUGUGCAUUCAUGCAACAGUUCUGUGCCAUCAAUGUCAUUGCAUACUAUUCAUCCGCCAUUUUCCUAAGCUCCGGAUUCACCGAGGUUUCCGCACUGUGUGCCUCGCUUGGCUUUGGUUUGGUAAAUUUCUUCUUUGCCAUACCUGCAUUUUUCAUGAUCGAUCGUUUUGGUCGCAGAUUCCUUCUACUAAACACCUUCCCACUGAUGGCGGUAUUUUUAUUCGUCACUGGGUUUGCAUUCUGGAUACCCGGUGACCAGGCCCGUAUUGGAGUUGUUUCCAUGGGUAUUUACAUCUUCUCCGCAAUUUAUUCCUUUGGAUGUGGUGUGGUUCCCUUUGUUAUCGCUGGUGAAGUUUUCCCAUUGUACGUGCGUGCUAUUGGUGCCUCAUUGUUUACAAUAAUUCUGUGGGGCUUCAAUUUCAUUUUAUCUUUGACUUGGCCACGAAUGCUAAAUGCUCUACAUCCACAAGGUGCUUUUGGCUUCUAUGCUGGCUGGAAUGUCAUUGGUUGGUUCUUGGUUUAUUUCUUAAUGCCAGAAACCAAACAGUUGACAUUAGAAGAACUUGACGAAGUUUUCGAUGUGCCUUUGCGUAAGCGCGUUGCCUUCCAGUUCACUCAAUUGUGGCCAGAUUUCCAAGAGUACAUUCUGCGUAGAAAAAAUGUGCCUAGACAACCACCAUUGGAUCGUCACCAUCGUCUAGCAGUGAAGGCUGCUGAAUGGGACGAGAAAGCCAACGUGGAACAGGUUGAGCACGCAUGA